AUGGACACGUAUACACUUACUAACAAAUCGGACAUGGAGUCUGCCAAAGCACUACUACCAUCGAUCAAAGAGCACGUUUUGGAGAUUCCGAAUGAUGUGAAACAGGUCAUAAUCAAAGAUUCGAGUAUAUUUAUUGAGAAAAAACGUCGUCGUCCCCUAUUAGGAGUCUGCGCUCGAUCUAUAAUUAUACUAAGUUUAACGGCAAUGAUCAUAAUAGGAAUGUUGAUCUCGCAACCAGAUUUCACUCGUGCCGUGAAGUCUAUCAUGAAAAACGAAGUGUUCAGUUUUGUCUGUAACUCGCCAACCAAUAGCGAUUCGCAAGGUUCAAUGGAGACAAUGCCCGUGUAUAGCUGGCUCACGAAUCCAUCAGACUUGCAGAUUAAACAACCAGAUCAUACUAUUCUUUACUCCAUGCGUAAUCCUUUCUCAAGUUUGGGCGAUUUUGUAAGAAUCUCUUCAUUUCACGUUGCACGUGCCGGUCAAACAACUCUGUCAUUCAAUUUUCCAUCUGACAUCGGUAAAAUAUACAUUGCCGACGUUUCAGUACAAACUUCAGCUGGAAAAGAACUUCUUGUCAAUGGCAAUUUCAACGAAAGUAGCCAUGGAUGGCAAGGCGUGUCCUAUGCGCCCCCAUGUUAUAUUGACCUUGAGUAUAGAUAUUGCUACAGUACUGCUUAUAAAACAGCAGAUAGUCUCUCACAAAUAUUCAGCACUAAAAAAGGAUCUUUUCUUUACAUUACUUUCAGACUUCGAUGGGAAUACCUUCCGUCAAACGAUGGUAUGAACGUUACAAUCAACUAA